CUAAUAACUAGUAACUUAAAAGCUACGGAUUUAACAGAUAACAGUUGUCUCAAACAGCCGGGAUGUGCUGACGUCAUGUAAUUUAAACGUCUUCUUUGGGAACAUUCUGACACUUAAACAAACGCCAUUCGACAUGACAUAACAGAUGGAGACCUGGAACAGCAUGGAGGUCUACAACUUCUUUGUGUGUGGCUGGGUCAAGGACAUUGGUAUCACAAACUCUCCGGGAUAUAUAUGCAUCCUCUUUGCUCGGAGACGGGCGGACACUUUUUUCUCCCCCCACGGUUUGCAAAUCUGCAGUGAAGCUCUAAAUGUCACAAUAGGUUUAAAAUGGACGAACAAGUCGGCACCAACACGACUCCGCCCUACGACAACUGGGCCUUUUACAACAGCUCCUGGGACUACGUCCUCCCCAGGAACAACAUCACCUACGUGGCAUUCUACCUCCACCAGCCGUCCACGGCGGCCAUCUUCAUCGUGUCCUACCUGCUCAUCUUCCUGGUGUGCAUGGUGGGCAAUGGCGUGGUGUGCUUCAUCGUGCUCCGGAGUAAGAACAUGCGCACCGUCACCAACUUGUUCAUCCUCAACCUCGCCGUGAGUGACCUCCUGGUCGGGAUUUUCUGCAUGCCGACGACGCUUCUUGACAACAUCAUCACAGGAUGGCCGUUUGGAAGCCUGGUGUGCAAAAUGAGCGGCAUGGUUCAAGGCAUCUCCGUGUCUGCUUCCGUCUUCACUCUGGUGGCGAUCGCAGUGGACAGGUUCCGUUGCAUCGUUUACCCAUUCAAGCAAAAGUUGACCAUAUCCACCGCCUCCUUGAUCAUAGUCAUCAUCUGGGUCCUGGCCAUAUCCAUCAUGUGUCCAUCUGGUGUGAUGCUCCAAGUGACUCAGGAGCAGAGCAUCCAGGUGCUGCUGGGCUACGACAACAAAACAACUCCUUUUUACUGGUGCAGGGAGAACUGGCCCAACCAGGACAUGCGGAAGAUCUACACCACUGUUUUGUUCGCCAACAUUUACCUGGCACCGCUGUCCCUCAUCGUCAUCAUGUACGCCCGCAUCGGAAUCACGCUCUUUAAGACGGCCAUGCCGACAGGGGGCAAGCCGGGCCACGACAACCGCCACACUGUGUCCAAGAAGAAGCAGCGAGUGAUCAAGAUGCUCCUCAUCGUUGCCUUUCUCUUCAUCCUCUCCUGGCUACCUCUGUGGACUCUCAUGAUGCUGAGCGACUACGCCCGGCUCACCGAGCAGCAGUACAGGAUCAUAAACAUCUACAUCUACCCUUUCGCCCACUGGCUCGCCUUCUUCAACAGCAGCGUCAAUCCCAUCAUCUACGGGUUCUUCAACGAGAACUUCCGGCGGGGAUUUCAGGCGGUCUUCAAGUUCAGCCUGUGUACUGCCGACGGCCAGCGGAGGAAGACCUACUCGCACAGGCUGCAGACCAACUCCGUGCUGCCGGCUAAUAACGUACAGACAUCCCUGGAGCCUAUUUCUCUAAACAGCUUGGAGAAGACCAGCUCCAGGCGAAUCCACCGUGUCACCGAGCAGGACUUGGUCAUGGAGGACCUGGACAAGGGGUCUAGCAGUGGUGGAGUCACGGCUGUGUCCAUUUGAACUAGUGCCAUUCCUCAAGGUGUCGGUUUUGAGGUUUUCGGUCCUCGUACCACCUGAGUGUUCCUUGUAAAAACUGAACUAAAGCAGGAAGCUACCUCCCCUAAAAUGCAAUUCGAGCCAGAAAUGAAGAUUUGUUGUCGGGUGCCAAUGCACAUUCUGAACAUCUGAAGGGUGUCAACAAAGGAUUCUGUGUUCAAGUCCUAAUAGCACAAACAAUCAGUGUUGUGGUAACGUGAUGCCUACAAAACUACAGUAGAACCUGUUUAGAGUCAGUCCGGUUUAUGUUUACAACCCGUCUAUGUCAACAAACUCAUCAAGUCCGGGUCAACUGUGUUCUUCUUAUUACUUGUCAACAUACAAUUUGAGAUUCAAAUGGGUCGUUUCUAUGAUGAAUUCAGUCCGUUUAUGUCGACAUGUUUUGCAGUAAUGUUAAAUGUGCCUAUAGGGACUUCCUGGUCAAUGCACAGAACGCUUCAAAAUAAAAGCAUGUCAGUAUUAGCCUGGAUUUUACCACAGCAACCAAAUUCUUCGUAUGUCCCUGGCAAAAGUCGCAAGUAAACGUGUUUUCCGUUUUGGUUAUGUGGGCAAUCGCUUACGUCGUGGCUCAGCCAGUGUGAGGCGCGUCGACACAAAUAAGUUCUAUUGUAGUACCUUUCGAAAAAACACAGUAUGUGUUUAAAUGUAGAAAGUUGCUUCAUACAUGGGCGACACUUGCAAAGUAGAUUUCAGGUUUUUUUUGGCUCCCUUCGCUGAGCUCCGAGCACUUUAUGUGGUAGCUUCAUGGUUAGUUAACUAGCUUGCGAGAGUGCACCCAAGAAUUCUGUUGUCUAUCAACCAGGAAGUGGCAUGCUAACAUAAUGGAAGGCUAAACCAAUCAAAACAAAAAUAUGGUAAUCCGUUGCUAACCGUUAACGUUGGUUUGUUUGUUGUGUUGCUCCGAGGCUUCUACAGGCUUGAAGCAAUUUGAAGCAAAUGCAAUUGUGAGGCGAUACGGAAGUCUAAUGCUGGGUUAUAUCGCUAAGUAAGCUUAGUGGGAUGAUUUCAAUGUGGUUUCGCUCUACUCCCAGCUUGGACGAGGCAAAUCGGUGACUAAUUUUGCGCAUUCGGGAAGAACAAUCUACGCUCUGACACUCUAAUCCCACACAGAUUCCGGGGUUACAUCAUCAUCACGCCGAACCAAAACAAUGUCACGCAUUACCGAUUCCUAAACUGGCAUUAAAGGCACAUAGAAGAGACUUAAACCCUGCGUAAGAAGGAUGGUAUUAGCAGUGCUGGGAUACCAGCCAGGACGCCUCCUGUGCUACAAACGGAGCCUUGCUUUACUGUUAUUUGCAGCGUAUGUACAAAUACUCCGACAUUGUCACAGUCAAACCUGUUUGAGGCAUGGUCGUGCACGAGUUUUUAUUCUGAAAACAAACAGGCACUCAAAAACUGCGGGGAUUACAGCAAGUGUUAUUUAUUCAGGAAGUCUCUGAUGAAUGUGCCGUGUAAAAAUCUCACACGUCUUAUCUCCCGUCCGUGAACACAUUAAUGCAUAGAAGCAAUUUUAUUUUUGCCCCGAGAGAGGCCUGCAAAGAAGACUCCGGAGACGUACAUGUUUAUUAAUAUUUGUCCUGCUUUAAUCUGACAUCUUUAUGUUAGUUUAUACAACAGGUGGCCUGGGAGUAAAAUGCAAACAA